AUGUGGUACGUCAGCACUCGGGGGAUGACCCCACGUGUCAACUUUGAGGGAGCCCUCUUCUCUGGCUACGCUCCUGAUGGGGGCCUCUUCAUGCCUGAGGAGCUCCCACAGCUGGGCAGAGAGACCCUGUGUCAAUGGAGUACGCUGUCCUACCCCAGCCUGGUGAAGGAGCUGUGCGCCCUCUUCAUUGGCCCUGAGCUCAUGCCAAGAGAUGACUUAAAUGAUCUGAUCCAUCGAGCCUUCAGUAGAUUCCGCCACAAAGAGGUGGUCCAUCUGUCCAGGUUGAGGAAUGGGCUGAACGUGUUGGAGCUGUGGCACGGCGUCACGUAUGCGUUUAAGGACCUGUCCCUGUGCUGCACAGCACAGUUCCUGCAGUAUUUCCUGGAGAAGAGGAAGAAGCACGUCACUGUGGUUGUAGGAACUUCUGGGGACACAGGGAGUGCUGCCAUUGAGAUGGGUGCCAGUCCAGUUCUCCAUUUUUUUCUUUUGUUGUUUGUGCUUUUGGUGUCAUGUCUAAGAAGCCAUUGUUCUUCUCUCUUGUCCAAAGCUGGGUGCAUUGCCCAGAAGAUGGGCCUGCCCAUCCGCCUGGUGGCGGCAGUGAACCUCAAUGACAUCAUCCACAGGACUGUCCAGAGAGGAGACUUCUCUCUGUCGGAGACUGUCAAACCAACCUUGGCAUCAGCUAUGGACAUUCAGGUGCCCUACAACAUGGAGAGGAUUUUCUGGCUGCUAUCUGAUUCUGACAGCCAGGUGACAAGAACCCUCAUGGAGCAGUUUGAGAGGACCCAAAGUGUGAGUCUACCUAAGGAGCUGCAAAGCAAGCUUUCAGCGGCAGUGACAUCUGAGUCAGUGUCGGAUGAGGCCAUCACCCAGACCAUGGGCCGCUGCUGGGAAGAGAACCAAUACUUGCUGUGCCCUCACUCGGCUGUGGCUGUGAGCUACCAUUACCAGCAGAUGGACAGGCAGCAGCCCAGCCCUCCCCGGUGUUGUCUGGCCCCUGCCUCUGCAGCCAAGUUCCCAGAAGCUGUCCUGGCUGCUGGGCUGACCCCAGAGACUCCUUCGGAGAUCUUAACCCUGGAGAAAAAGGAGACACGCUGUACCCCAAUGCGGAAAAGUGAUGACUGGACACUGAUACUUCGGAACACAAUUGAGGACAUAGGCCAGCGGUGGACGGGUUACUGCCUGAAUGCCUCCGAAUAGCCAGGCUGGAGUUGGCAUCCUUUAGGCUUCAGACCCUGUGGUGGUGGUGGUGGUGGGAGGGGGUGCCCUUUGAGCUGCCUUGUGCAUCUUCUCCCUGUUAAGACUUGGUGUAGGAUGUUCCCAGGAGGCUGCUCAGUGGAGUCUGGAGCCAGCUGUCUUUGUUCUGCGCUCUCACCAUGGCGGUGUGGUGCCUGGUCACUAGGAAGGCUGGGUAGGGUUAUGGAUGGUUGUUGGAGGUGCCUACCCACCGCCAAACGGUGCGGGGGCAUCACUGCUGCAUGUGAAAGCUUCAGGGCCUUCAAAUGAAGAGCCUUAGGUACAGAGUCUAUCUCAGCUCCAGAGUUUAGGAUCCCAGACCCUAAACCUAUGCAGGUGGGGGCUGCUCACUUCAUUAGCAUAGGUCUGCGGCUCACAGUGUCAGAGCCUGUUUAUCCAGGGGUCCUUGCCUGCUUCUAUUCUACCCUGCUGAAAUGUUGGGAAUCCCUAGAAUACAAGUGCAUAUCCAGUGUGAUGGUGACUCUGCAUGGCUUGUGGGCAAAGGAUGGCAGCUGCCAAGUGGUGCUGGUGGUGCUGUGGUGUGUGCUACAUUCACCAGCUGCUUCAGAUUGGCCCAAUGUCAAGGGGACAGCAGGGCAGGCAGCAGGGCAGCCUGCACAGGUGGUGGUAGGGAACAGGGUUGAGGUGUGGGGAAGUGUGCUCCUCAAGGUGCAAACUGAGUCAAGUUCAUGUAUCAGGUUCACCUGAUGUAUCAGGUUCGUCAUGUAUCAGGUUCACCUACUUUAUUAAACCAGGGCAUAUGUCAUAGCCACAAGCAGCAAUGAUCCCUUGUUGACCACUAAAUAAAGCCCAGAUGCCUACAUUUCCAUAGGUACCUUCAGAAUCAUGCUGCCCCAGAGAAAUCAAAUCAUUCUUUCCUCUGAAAACAUGACUCCCACUCUCCCCUCUCCAUGCCUCCAACCCUGCACUUGCCUCUGUGAGACUGUCCUUUGAUGAAGCCACAAGACCCAUCCCACAGACUAUUGAAGUCUUGGUUCCUGUGUCUUGUUUGCUAUGGAGUUGGCUCUCAUCAGCCCAGCUAGAAAUAAUGAUUCCUAUUUUUGAACUCUGAAGUCAGAACUUUAACUGUAGGUUUCUUAAGGUAUAUAUUUCCCCCAUAUCCUAUUUUAUGGUUCUCUGCAUUAUCACCCCAUCUCUAAGCUUCUUGAAAAUGGGAACCAUUGUUUAACACAGUGGGCUGAAACUUUUUGGAUUUGCCCCAUUGAUUAAAAAAAUUUUAAUGUAUUCUCCCAACUUAUUGAUACUAAAUUAUGUAUACAUUACACAAACCAUGUGCUAAAAUAAGAAUGAAGGAAUAAUAAAAACUACAUUUCUCUGUCCUCCCCAUACUCCAUUGGGUUGUCUUGUGGGCCCGUCUUUGGCAGUCCCGUUUAAGCACAGUGCCUGGUGCAUUCUGUAAGCAGCCAGGAACCAGGGCCACAGCCCCCGUGAUGACACAUCUGCCUGACACUGCGGUGGUUCUCAGAGUGUGGCCCUGCGGCCUCCUUAAAACGCACACUCCAGGGUGGGGCCCCAACAUGUCCAGAGGCUGAUUUCUGGACAUGAGGUGGUCAUCCGUGGCUCUUUCAAAUUUCCCAAGUAAGACUUCUGUGCGUUCUAAUUUGCGAAACCGUGACUGGGGACUUUUAAGUUCACAAAUAGUUUUCUUUCACUGUGAGGUGUGCUUUAUUUUCCCAAAGGCAUGCUUAAUUCCUUCUGCUGCUUUCAUGAUCUACCCCCGCACUGUCCAGUUAGGUAGCCACUAGACACGUGUGACUGUUGAGCACUUGAAAUGUGAAUAGUACAACUAAGGAACUGAAUUUUUAAUUUUAUUUAAUUGUCAUUAAUUUACAUUUAAAGUUCAAAACUAUUACUUGGUUUGGUGAUUGAAAAACUUUUAAGUAUGUUGGGAAAAUGCUGGUAUGUGAAUCUGCUUUUUCAGCUGUGAAUUUUAUGAAGUAUAUAAAAUACAGAUAAGUAUUUCCAAUGAAAAUUUAUUUAGAACACUAAAAUAAAACAUUGAUGUAUGCUACAGUUGUAAAAUA